GGUGGUGGUUGUCUCUCUCCGCAUGUGCACUGGGGCUUUGGUUGCCUGCCACAGAUAGCUGGUGCGUGCGUGCGUUCAUACUCACUCGUGUGUGUGCGUGUGUGUGUGUAUCUCUCUUCUCUUCUCUAUUCCCUCUGAGCCAGGGAAACACAGAGGUGGACAGCGAUACGACGUUCGAGCUCGCCGCCUACGUCCUCCAGGAAGCAAAGGGCGACUUCUCAAGCGUCGAGGCGGCCCAGAGGGAUCUGAAGAAGCUGCCGGCGAUUCCAACGCAGGCUCUGAAGGAGCAUCCCUCCCUCUGCUACUGCGAGGAGCGGGUGAUUGAGAAUUACCAGCGCCUUGUGGGCCUCACCCAUGGACAAGCCAUCGUCAAUUAUAUGAGCAUUAUCGAAGCUCUUCCAACCUACGGAAUUCACUACUACAAUGUAAAAGACAAGCAGGGAAUCCCAUGGUGGCUUGGUCUGAGCUGGAAAGGCAUCUUUCAAUACGACUACCAAGACAGAGUUCAGCCAAGAAAGGUUUUCCACUGGGCGCAGCUAGAAAACCUCUUCUUCCGCGAGAAGAAGUUCUCCGUGGAAGUGCACGACCCUCGCCGGGCGUCAGUGGGCCGCCGUUCGUUCGGGCAGGGUGACAUCGUCGUGCACUCCUGGUACGGCACCCCGUCGCUCAUCAAGGCCGUGUGGGCUAUGGCCAUAAGCCAGCAUCAGUUCUACCUCGACCGCAAGCAGAACAAGGCGAAGAUCCCGGUGGCGCGCAGCAUGAGCGAGAUUGCGGAGGACAUGGGCGACCUGGAGCUGACGGGGACGUCGAGGAUGAGCAAGGGACUCGGCGAGGGAGGCGUGGGCAGAGGCUCGUCUGAUGUCGCAGAGAAACUGCCUAAAGUGUCCCUGGAGUGGGAGGUGAGCGAGGCGGCGCGGAAGGAUCUCCUGGAAGCCCUGAAGCUAAAACACCAGGAGCUGGCUCGUCGCCUGGAGGAGCGCACGAGCGAGCUCAAGCGCCUGUGCUUGCGGGAGGCUGAGCUGACGGGCACGCUGCCCGUGGAGUACCCCAAGGGGCCCGGGGAGAAGCUCCCCGCGGUGCGACGGCGCGUGGGCACCACGUUCAGGCUGGACGAGAACAAGGUGUUCCCCAAGGUGGAGGUGAGCUCGCCCAGACGCAGUGGCGGCACGGUGGCGACACGGUGGCGGCACGGUGGCGGCACGGUGGCGGCACGGUGGCGGCACGGUGGCGGCACGGUGGCGGCACGAGAGAGUGUGGACCCCACCACGGGAAACGCGGAAGAGAUGAGCGCGAUGCCCCCAAUGCUCAAUUGA